AUGAACGGCGGCCCCCCGUCCGUCAUCCGACAGCCGAUGAUGCAAAAAUCCAAUAUCGAACUGAUUACCUCGCUCCGGUCCAACUUCGUCGCGUCGCAGGCGAUCGACUUCAACGGCUCCUCCACUUCCCAGCAACAGAGCGACGCGGCGUCAUGGACGGAGAAUCGCGACGGUGCGCUUUACAUUCCGGCCGUGGACUUUUCACAGCGUGGACUGGCCGAGGAGCGGGAUCAAUACGAUAUUACGGUCAAGCUAUUCUACCUGCCGGGAAUUCCAGCCUCGAGACGCUGCGCACACACCAGGGAAGCCAUUGAUUUGGUACUGAGGGAGUUACAGGUCAAGUCCAUUGAUCUGCUGAUCGUCUCGUUCCCGGGCAUCCUCUUCGAUGCGGACGAUGACAGUGACGAGGAAGGGUCCGACGCCAGUGGGGAAGAUGAUUUCGACAGCAUGGUCCAGACGUGGCGGGUGUUGGAAUCGCUGCAUGCCCAAGGCAUGAUUGCGCAACUGGGAGUUGCCGAGUUUGGCAGCGAGCGGUUGGCUCGGUUCCUCCCUCACACUCAGGUCAAGCCUACCGUGGAUCAGAUCAAUCUGAAGGACUGUUGCGUGGUGCCCAAGUCUCUCAUUCUCUACGCGAAACAGGAGAAGAUUCAACUCUUGACUCACAACGAUUGCAACGACAUCCUUCCCGUCGGCAUGACACGAGAGCUUCUGGGUCCCCGGGAUCAGGGCGGCGCGGGAAUUCUGGCAUCGGCGCCAGACGCCAAUGAUGGAAUUCAAGGAGACGUGGAGCCGCAGUGGGUGGUGAAGUACACGGCCGUGGUGAAGGAUCGCGGAGUCGUCGAGAAUAAGGGCUACUUCGCUUUGGCAGAUGUGGGCACAUGCGUCACGUCCUGGUCAUGA